UAUGAUGGUGUUGCUUCAUCGAAAGGAAAAAUUUGCCGAAUGAAACUUGGUGUCUGAUGUGCAAGCAUCAGGGCCAUGUAAUUGGAUAAAAUGAAAAGAACUCGAGAAGAGCACGAGAAAGUAUUUGGUCAACACAGAUUUCAGCAGCAGAUCUUGGCACCAGCUCCAGUUGGCCAUAGCAACAAUUUUGAGGCACUACAAGAGAACAUUGCAGUAUCUAUGGGGCAGUUUCCAUCGAACCAACAGAUACCCCAUCAAACUUACCCUGUGACUGGACCCACUGGACAAGGUCAAGGCCACAGCCCUUUGCCUUCACAUCCGCAGGCUCACAUGCAUCCAUCAGGUGCCGCAGGGCACAUGCAGGGUCCAGGAGGACCUGGGCAGCAGCAAUUUCAAAGACUUAAGGUUGAAGAUGCUCUUUCGUAUUUGGACCAAGUUAAAAUGCAAUUUGGCAAUCAACCACAGGUCUAUAAUGACUUUCUGGAUAUAAUGAAAGAAUUCAAGUCGCAAAGCAUUGACACGCCUGGUGUGAUAAGUCGCGUUUCCAACUUGUUCAAAGGACAUCCUGAGCUCAUUGUAGGAUUCAAUACGUUUCUUCCACCUGGAUAUAAAAUUGAAGUGCAUCCGAACGAUGCUAACUCUAUUUCUUAUACAACGCCACAUCAAAACGCUUUGCAGAAGACCGCUUUAAGUGGGCAAUCUGUUCACACGAUCAAUUUAACGGGAAAUCACAGUGGUCACAGUGUCUCACACAACAUUUCCUCCUUCGGUCAUCACGGUCCCUCGCCAUCCCCUCAACAACAGCAACAACAGACUUCGUCCCAACAACCUCCCACGUCACAGCAUCUCGCGCAAUCGCAACAUCAGCAACAGCUUGCCACCCUCUCGCAACACGCUGCCCAACAGCCAAAACAUCAGAUCAACAACCUCAGCCAACCGCCGGCUCACUCGCAGUCUCAUCAAGGUCAGCAGCAUCAGAGACAACUCCACUCACCACCGUCCAAUCAAACCCAACCUCAACAACCCGUCGAAUUCAACCAUGCAAUUAGUUACGUGAACAAAAUUAAGACACGUUUCCAAGGGCAACCCGACACAUACAAGGCAUUCCUCGAAAUACUUCACACUUAUCAGAAGGAGCAAAAAAAUAUCAAGGACGGAACUCAGUUCUCCGAACAAGAGAUGUACGUACGUGAGGCGAAGCUUGCCAACGAUGUGUACAAACAGGUUGCAAAGCUGUUUAAGAAUCAAGAAGAUUUACUUCAGGAAUUCAGUCAAUUUCUUCCCGAUGCGAACGGUGCUCCAAUCUCGGGAUUGAGUGCUUUGUCCAAAAGAGCUCACAAUCAGAUGUCAAACGCGUCUGGCUCGUACGGAGGACCUCCCAAUAAGAAACAAGCAUUGAGCUCAACUUCGGUGAAGAGAAACUUAGGUCAAAUGCGAAGAUCCUCGACAUCAAGUCAAAGCAAGGUGAAAUCGCGGUCAAACGGGAUGAAAGACAAUCUUCCGGAUCCAAGUAGCUUUGGCUCUGUUGCUGAGUUUGCAUUUUUCGACAAGGUACGCAAAGCUCUGCGAAGUCAAAAGGUUUACGAAGAUUUUCUACGUUGUCUCAAACUUUUUAAUCAAGAAGUCAUCUCGCGCGCAGAUCUUGUUCAACUCGUUUCUGCCUUCCUGGGGAAAUUUCCCGAUCUCUUCACGUGGUUUAAGGAAUUCUUGGGUUACAAGGAUUCCAGUCCGAUGGAUACACCAAGCUUCAAGGAAAGAACCUCUGGCGAGCUUGCCCAUCUUGAAAUAGAUUACGCGUCUUGCAAGCGAUGUGGCACAAGCUAUCGUGCUCUACCCAAGACCUACACACAACCAAAAUGCACCGGCCGCACGGCUCUAUGUCGCGAGGUCCUCAACGACACGUGGGUCUCCUUCCCAAGUUGGUCGGAGGAUACAACAUUUCUUGGAACGAAGAAAACUCAGUACGAGGAAUACAUAUUCCGUUGUGAGGACGAACGAUUCGAAUUGGAUGGAAUUAUCGAAGUGAAUUUGUCCACGAUCCGCGUCCUCGAGGCAGUGCAAAAGAAAUUGGGUCACAUGACCUCCGAAGAGCAACAGAAGUUCCGAUUGGAUGGCUGUCUUGGCGGUACUUCUGAGGUCAUACACAAGAAGGCUAUCUAUAGGAUAUACGGUGAUAAAGCUUCUGAUAUCAUUGAUGGUUUAAAGAAGACUCCCGCUGUUGCCGUACCGCUUGUUUUGAAACGACUAAAAGCGAAGGAAGAGGAGUGGCGUGCUGCACAGCGAUUAUACAACAAAAUUUGGCGAGAACAAAAUGAAAAGUAUUAUCUUAAGUCUUUGGAUUAUCAAGGAGCAACUUUCAAGCAAAAUGACCUGAAGGGGAUGCGGUCAAAGAGUUUGUUAACCGAAAUCGAAAAUAUUUAUGACGAGAAACAAGAGCAAGCUGCAGAAGGAAAUGCUGAUCCAACCGGACCUCACAUGGUCUUUACUUACAAGGAUAAAUCAAUUCUUGAUGACGCCGCAGGACUUAUCGUCCAUCACAUGAAACGACAGACUGGCAUACACAAGGAAGACAAGUCAAAGAUCAAAUCCUUGCUGUACACAUUUGUACCCGAUCUCUUUUUUGCGCCAAGAGGAGAAUUAAGCGACGACGAGGAUUCUGUGAAAGACAGCAACGGCUGCGGGAGGUCCGAUGCAUCGAAUGGAUUACCAGAAGCCGAAUCUGAUGAUGCUUACAAUCUGAUGUUCGUCAACAAUAAUUGGUACAUCUUUUUAAGACUUCACCAGAUGGUCUGUGAACGCUUACUAAAGAUGUUUCAACGUUCUGUCGAGAUUGCCGAAGGCGAAGCAUCCGAUAAGAAACAGAGAAAGGAGUCGACCGCUGUCGCGUUGAGACUGAAGGCUCCCACAGAUGUCGAUGUGGAAGAGUAUUAUCCCGUGUUUCUCGAUAUGGUGCGAAAUUUACUUGAUGGAAACAUGGAAUCAAGCAGUUUUGAAGAUACAUGUCGUGAAAUGUUCGGCGUUCAUGCGUACAUUGUUUUCACCAUUGACAAGCUUGUAACGAAUAUUGUUCGUCAGCUUCAAACCAUCGUUGUUGACGACACGUGUGUCCAAGUAAUGGAUCUGUAUCAGCAGGAACAGUCUCGCGAAGGAGCUGGAGGGAACUCUGCUACUCAAGGCCUCCGAAAGGAAGAGGAGAUUUCCUAUCAGAAAAAAGCGGAAGCGUUGCUCAAUGAUGAAAAUUGUUAUAAGUUUAUUGUGCACAAAGAUAAGACGAUUAUAACGAUCAGUAUUGAACUUAUUGUCACUGAGGAUGUUCAUUAUGACGAUAUGAUGGCAUUCGAGAAAUGGACCGACUACGUUGAUAAGUUUGUAUCAAACCAAGAAAUCCCGAAAGUGGUGAAAGAACGACUGAAAGUGAAGCCGGUCUUUUUGCCCAGAACUUCAAGACAUAUUCGCUCAAAGAAAGCGCCAGAAGGUGAAAAAUCUGCCGUUGAUGGCGAAGAGCUCGGUAACAGUCCAAGUAACAUUGAAGGCGAGGAAACGUCCGCUGACAUCGUGAACGAGGAUACGAUGGAAUGCAAAAUCUCUUCGAAUACAUACAAACUCAAGUUCGUUCGUGGUGGCCGCAGUUAUUUCUAUCGUAGAAGAUCGCUGCCAAAAGCUAGAAAGGUAUAUCCAACAAUCACUCGUAAGUUGUCGGAAAAUUUCCAACGUUGGCUGGAAGCUUGGGUGAUGGAAAAUGUUUCACGUGACCAGAAAAGUACGUGCGAUCAGUGGUUGGCGGGAAAAGUCGACGGCUUGCGACCUUGCAACACAAUCAAACAGACGGUGCGAAACAAUUUCAAGAGUUAUACAAAGUAUAACGUCGAGUGGCCAACGCCCGCGGUACCUCUGUCCGAUUCAAGUACUCAAUCAUAAGUUGUAGAUAUGCGGGAUUGUGCCGAGUGUAAAAAAGGGGUGAAUCGUCAGCGCAUGCUCGUAACAAUGUGUGUAUAGAUGUUGUGAAAUGAUCACAAACAUCGGGUGUAUCUAAAUUAUGAAUGAAAACGGUUAAGAGUCUGUUUCAUUUCUUUGUAUAAGAAAAUUUUAAUCUAAGGACUUGUUUAUAACGGAAUUCAGAUGUAAGGCGAUUUAAGGUCACGCUUUGAAAUAUAGCCGAAAGCUCAAAAUAGAACUAUUAAGGUUGUGCUUUAUGAACUAUUCUGAAAAUAGUCCAUUUGCUUUUUUAACUUACUGCAGCAUCGACCACUGCUUCCUUUGAAAAUAAUGAAACGAAGCUCUGGUUGUCAAAAUACAACUUCAUAUUUUGAUCGGAACGUUUUAAUCUCUCGUAUUUUUGUCUCUGAUAAUCCUUGAGAUUGUUAAAUGAUUCGGUUUGGACGUGGAAAUUUACUGAAUCAUGCGAUAUGUUAAAGAAACUGUUGAACAUAAUCUAAAUUAUUAGAUGAAACUGUGUUAUUGGUUA